AUGGCUUUACGAGAUAUACCAUCGACGUUAUGUCGGUUUUCUAGAAGAGAAAUAGGGUCAACGCCAAGAUCGAUAGGAAGAAAUUGUCGCAGAUAUGCAUCUGGAGAGGCUGUUGCAGCAAAGGAAAUCCCAGAAGACUUUCAAGAUCUCGAAUCGCAAUCUUCAUUUACUUCAACAUCUGUGCCAAAUGAAGUCAUUGAAAGUUUCGACCCUAUAAAGAGUUCACAGGGAAGAAAGAGGGAACUUCCUUCUAGUCGAUACCAAUUUCGAUCACCAAGAUACUACCGAGGACCCCUCCAUCCUCAUCAACCUCCACCAAAAUCCGAUCCAUCAUCUCGAGAAUUCGUCCCUGGUCCAUUUGGUCCUAAUCGUCUCGAACAAACCUACCAAUCCACCAUCUCCCACGAUAUCAUGACCAUGGCAUAUGUUCACAAACCUCCUGGAACCGUCACAAUUCCCAAAAGCGAUCGUUUACGAACAUGGGAUGACUCUUCACCAUACCAUAAAGGUAGACCAAAGAGAGGACCUCGUGGUGGAGAUGUUUUACGUCUUAUUGAACAAGAUAUCAAUUGGCGGAAUAUUCCUAAAAUCGAAGAAAUUACUGUACAUUCGAUGAUUAAGGGAGCACUUGGAGAUUCCGCAUAUCUACAUGUUGCUGGUAUUGUACUACAAUCAAUCACAGGUGUUAGGCCGGAAGUUCACAAGGCAUCACAUAGUGUUGCACAAUUUGGUAUUCGAAAGGGCAUGCCAGUUUCAUUAACUUGUACUAUGAGGAAUAAUGAUGCAUUGGAGUUCCUUGAUAAGUGUAUCAAUGUGGUAUUUCCAAAAAUUAAGGAUUGGCAAGGUGUAAAGGGUUCAACUGGAGAUGGUAGUGGAAAUCUAUCAUUUGGUUUUAAUAGAGAGGGUACUAUUCUAUUCCCUGAAGUUCAGGUCAACUAUGAUAUGUAUCCACCUAGGUUGAUUCCCGGAUUUCACGUCACAGUCAAAACAACAGCAACAUCUGAUCGUCAUGCUAGACUUUUAUUAAGCGCCAUGGGUAUUCCAUUUUAUGGAAAGUUGGUUGAUUAA